AUGUUUCGAUGGUUCGUUUGUCUGCUUCUGGUCGCUGCGCUGACGCUCGCCUACAGACGCACACCGGGUGACGACGCGAUCAUCGUGCUAGCAGGCGGCGUCGGCGACGAUGGCGUGCCUCACGAGGCGGUCAUGCGACGACUCCGCCGGGCGGCUGAGCUCUACGCAGCGCAGGCAGCCGCAGGAUUGCGUCCAGGCAUCGUGUGCAACGGUGGUGGCACGACGCACAAGCCAAAGUGGGUGGACGCGAACGGAUAUGCUGUCCCGGAGGCCGCGCUCAUGGGCAAGCAGCUUGAGGCGAUGGGGGUGCGCGCCGAGGACAUCUACGUUGAGGGCUACAGCGACGACACCAUCGGCAACGCCUUCUUCGCGCGCGUGAUGCACAUCGACGUCCGUCCAGACUGGUCCAGGCUGCGCAUCAUCACGUCGGAAUUCCAGAUGAAGCGCACGCAAGCCAUCUACGACUGGGUCUUCAAGGGGCUGCAGCCGCUGCCUGCGCAGGGUAGAGAGGUCACCUAUGACGCCGUGGACGACGUGGGCGCGAUGCCAGCGCACGCGCUGCGCCGCCGCCGCGACAAGGAGGAGGCGAGCCUGCGAGCCUUUGUUUCGGGCGACCUCGUCAAACUCACUCGCCUCUCGCAGCUGCACGACUUCCUCUUUCGCCGACACAGCGGCUACACGUCGCGGGGCUACCUGAGUAAGCAACGACUAUCGGGCGCGCUUGCGACGUCGUACUAG